AUGGGCAAGAACAACAAGAAAAAGUCCAACAUCAUCCCUGCUGAGACCUACCUGCGCCUUCCUCCGCUUGCAGAUGCCUCCCUUGCUGACCAGCCCAUCAUCGACACGCACACGCACCUCGUGUCGACGUUCUCGACUUACCGGAGCAAGUACAAGAACGGGAUGCUCUACACUAUCCAUGACUUCGUGCGCGAAAUGUACCGCAAUCGUAACGUAAGGGCAAUCGUAGACGUGUGGUGCGAGGCACCUGUGUUAAUGGCGUGGAGGGAGCUUGCGGACUCAGCACUGACCGCAGAGGAUCGGCAACAGAAGUGGGGAGGUAUCGAUUAUUGGUUUGUGAUGGGCGUUCAUCCGUGUGUACCGGUUCGGACGCACGAUGCAAAGUCAUACAACGAUGCAGUUGAGGCUUCCAUCCUUGAAGCGAUGACCCACCCACGAUGUGUAGGCUGGGGGGAGAUGGGUCUCGAUUACCACUACGACAACUCCCCACGGGCAAUCCAGCAAGAAGUCUUCAUUCGGCAGUUGAAUCACGCUGUCAGGCUGGGCAAGCCGCUCACGAUCCACACACGCGAAGCAGAGGCAGACACGGAGAGGAUUCUCAAGGAGCACGUCCCUGCCGAUCACAAGAUACAUAUACAUUGUUUCACGGACUCGCCAGAAUUCGCACAGCGACUUCUCCAGCAUUUCUGUAAUUUAUUCAUCGGGAUCACUGGGGUUAUUACAUAUUCGACGAAUUUGAAUACGUCGAACAUCGUCAGUCAGAUGGCCAUGAGCGAUGGUGGACCGCGUAUACUACUGGAAACAGAUGCGCCCUUCAUGGUCCCUUCCAACCUCUACAAUUCUAUACCGGAAAUCAAGGGCAGCAGGUUGCCCUUGUGUCACACUGCCAUGAUCCCGUGGGUUGCAGAAUAUACCGCAGGAAAAGCUGGACAUCCCUGGAGUGGUGCAGAUAUCAUGAAGCGCGCCAAUGAGAAUGCAAAAAUAGUAUACGGCGUUCAAUAG